GCUGUCUCUGGAGAACACUGAGAUCUGGUAGUAUAUAAAGUGGUCAUUGACCCGACAUUUGAAGCAUCAUCCAGACAGACAGAUCCUCUUAGGCCUCUACAUUAGUACUGCAGCCCAAACCCUCCCCACCUCAAACCAAAACCACCAACUCCAAACAAUCACAAUGCAGCUCAUCUCCCUCGCCUCCAUGGGCCUCGUCCUCUUCGCUGCCGUCGGCGCAGUCGCCAGCCCCAUGGACAACAAUGCCCUCGACGUCAAUGAUAAUCUGGAGGUGCGCGACGAAGCAGCCACACUGAUCAAAUACCACGGACAUUGCUCCAAGAAGAACAACUCCUGCAAAUUUAAGGGCCAGCACGGCAAGACGUCCUUCUGCCACUGCAAGUUUAAGAAGUGCAGCAGGGAUGGCAACAAGUGCCACUUUGAUAGCUAUAGUCGGGAUUGCAAGUGUAUCUAGGUGGUUGGUGCUUGGCUCUCCUUCGGGGGCGCUCUAUAUAGUUGGCUCUGCUUGGCUGCAAUAGUGCAAGUGUGGCAUUCAACAUGUCUGCUUGUGGAUAGUCUUUAGUUACCGUCAGUGAAUACACAAGCUUGUUGUCUACCUAGUUAUCAUGGUUAAUCUCGUAUUUGUUUUUGUCUUGUUGCUUCAUAUGAGGGGUAAUGGGAGUGGCAUUGUAAAUGUGGAACUUGUGGAGAUGGACAUGGAACCGGUCAGAUACUUGGUUGUUUC